AUGGGCUACUUCAAGGCUCCGAAACUGACACGUGAGUCCCUCGGCCUCACCAAAUAUGUCAGAUACGACGAAUAUGACCCCAACUCCGCCACGUCGGACAAGGAGAGGAAGUCGCUUGCCGGCUUGGAUUACUCGCCCCUCAAACGAGUAACAUGGGAAUCCUUCUGGAUGGGUAUCCUCGUCUCUAUGGGCGGGUUGAUCUUCGGUUUCGAUACUGGCCAAAUCAGUGGUUUCCUUGCGAUGCCAGAUUUCUUGGACAGGUUUGGUCAACGUAGGGACGACGGCACAGCUUACUUCAGCCAUGUACGGUCAGGCCUCAUUGUGUCAUUGCUGUCAAUCGGUACCUUGAUUGGUGCCCUUAUUGCUGCUCCUAUCGCAGACGCCAUUGGCAGAAGGCUCAGCGUGACUUUCUGGUGUAUCAUCUUCUGCGUGGGUAACAUUGUUAUGAUCUCCGCAGAUCACCACUGGUAUCAGGUCAUGAUGGGUCGGUGGGUCGCUGGUCUUUCCAUCGGCGGCUUGUCCCUGCUUGUCCCCAUGUAUAUGUCUGAAACCGCACCUCGACACAUUCGUGGUGCUUUGAUCAGUACAUAUCAGCUUUUCAUCACACUCGGUAUCUUUAUUGCCGCAUGCAUCAACUACGGCACAAACGAACACCAACGUGACAACUCCGGGUCAUGGAGAAUUCCAAUGGGUGUCGGCUUCGGUUGGGCCAUCAUACUCGGCACCGGCAUCCUUCUCUUCCCAGAUACUCCUCGUUACCUCUACCGCAAGGGACGGAAAGAAGAAGCCAAACAAAUCAUGCUCAAGGUGUACGGCGCACCCCCGAACCACUACAGUGUCCACAUGGAAUUGGAAGAGAUUGAAGCCAAAUUCCGCGCUGAAUCAGCUCAGCAAGGUGCGAUCCGGGAAUGGAUCAACAUGUUUUCCGCACCGAAAAUGGCCUACCGUAUCUUGCUCGGCAUGCUUUUGCAGAUGUUCCAACAGUUGACGGGUGCCAACUACUUCUUCUAUUAUGGCACAGUCAUUUUCGAAUCAACGGGUAUCAAAAACUCGUUUGUCACCCAGAUGAUUCUGAACGGCAUCAACUUCGGCACCACCUUCUACGGUCUAUAUGUCGUCGAACACUACGGCCGAAGAAAGUCCCUCAUCUUCGGCUCCCUCUGGAUGUUCUUGAUGUUCAUGAUCUUCGCCAGUGUUGGCCACUUCUCCUUGGACAUCAACACACCCGAAAACACCGAGUCGAGUGGAACAGCCAUGAUUGUGAUUGCCGCAUUGUUCAUCACCGGCUUCGCAACAACAUGGGGACCGAUCAUUUGGACUCUUUGUGGUGAGCUGUAUCCUUCUCGCUACCGUGCGAAGGCUAUGGCACUGUCCACCGCUUCGAACUGGCUCUGGAACUUCUUGAUCGCCUUCUUCACACCGUUCAUUACCGACGAUAUUGACUUCCUCUACGGCUAUGUCUUUGCAGGCUGCAACCUUGUCGCGUGCAUGCUGGUAUACUUCUUUGUCAUUGAAGGUUCGGGUCGGACUUUGGAAGAGAUUGAUACCAUGUACAUUCUGGGAGUGAAGCCUUGGAAGAGUGCAUCAUGGAUAGCACCGCCGCCAGAGGAGAUCACCAAGAUCCGAAGACAAGCCGGAACCCACGAAGAUGUUGAAGAGGCUGGAGAAGCUGCUGCUCGCAGUAGCGACGGCACAGAAGCAGAAAAGGAGACUCAACACCGGGAGUAA